AAAUAAAAUAUAAAAUGAGUCAAAUCUAAAAAAUUUAAAAAUUCGAAAUUAAGUUACUUAAAAUAUAUACAAUAUGGUUAUACCAAAGGAAGUGCUCAGCGACUACAAGGAGCUGUUCGAGAAGUCCAGCCAGCUAGUGGAACAGGACAGUCGCACGGAUCCACCCACAGAUCCCUAUCGAUCCCACUACAAAGCGCGCGACGUCCUCCUCGAUUUGAAGAAGCAACUGGACGAGCAACUAAUAUCUAUACAAGCAGCCGAGGAGGAGGGGGGCGAAGAUGAGCUGUGCUACAAGUCCAUGCUGGGCUUCACAUGCCGCGAUCUGGGCCGCAUUUAUAUCUACGUUGAGGAGGUCAGCGAGGGUGAGCAGCUGCUGAAUCGCUGCUUGGAGCUGAUGGAGCCGCACAAACACACUCCACAAGGCAUCAUACCCUAUGUGGGCGCAGUCAACGAACUGAGCAUUGUGCUUGCCUCGCGGCAGGAGUACAAGCAGGCAGUGGAGCUGCUCCUAAAGGCCGACAAGAGCUAUGAAGAGUUCAAGGCCAGUGGGCAGACAGCUUUAGCAGUAGCCGAUCUCUACAGUCCGCCUGACGAGCUACAAGCCACCCAUGGCGGUGGUAAGGAGCUGGAGAAUCUCUAUACCCUUUGUUGCUUCUACAUGGCCCAGAUGUAUGGGCAUUUGGGUGAACCGGAGAAAUCCGCUCAAUGCUGCCAUCGCACUCUCCACCGACAGCUGCAAUACAAGUCGUACGAUGCCGUUGACUUUGCACUAAAUACGGCGACACUGUCGCAGUACUAUAUAGGCCAGGAGAGAUUUGCGGAGGCGCGUCAUCAUCUGGCGGCGGCCACCAUUAUCAUGGCCGAGCACGAGGAGCACAUGCUCAAGCCGGAGAUGAGCGAGCAACAAAAAGCAGAUGUUACGGAGACAUUCAAGCAUCGCUAUGCAGAUGUGGCACGUUGCUGGGCGAAGUACGGCCUGCUGCUCCUGCAGACGUCCAAGGAGCGACUGCUGCGUGACGACGAGGAGGAGGAGCAGGAGCAGAAGAAGCUGGCAGCAGCUGCCAAGAAGCUGCAACUGGACGAUGCUGACUAUCGCUUCGAGGACCUAGAUCUGACGGCCAUCGAGCGACGUAUUAGCUGCGACUACUGUCUGACCUUCGACGAUGCCAAGCUGGUAUUUCACUUCAUCAACGAGUGGCUGGACGUGGCCCAAGAUUACUACAAGGCUGAAACCGAGGCCACCGAAUAUGCAAAGAUUAUGCAAGAUUAUGCCGAGGCCUACGAGCACAUUGCCUUCUUCGAGGAGCAGCCGGAAAACCAGGCCAAGAUGCAAAAGCGACGCGCCAAAUACUUGGAGGAUCUGCUCGACCUGCUCGAUCCGGUGUGCUACUUGAAGAUCUGCCGGGAGUGCUGGUAUGUGGCUGGCACCGCACAUGAAGCCGUUCUGGACAUCCGCCUCGAUGCCAUUAAGUCAAACCAAUCGCCCACUCCGGAGGAGGUGAAGCGUGUGAAUCAGAGCUGCCUAAAGGCCAUCAAGCAUUUUGAGAGCUAUGUCAAGUCAUAUUUGGUCAGCGGCGACAGCCAGAAGUGGAAGCCCGGCAUGGACGACGAGGAGGUGCGCACCAUGCUCUACGCCCACUUCCACAUCGGUCGCCUCUACUACAAGCUGAUCAGCGCGCAUCCCCAGCAGCAGCUGGAGCAACUGAAUCAGUGCUUGACCUACUACAAGCGCUUCAGCGAUGCCUGCGACCAGUACAAGGAGGCCUCCGAGCAGCUGCAUGGCGAGAUUGGGGUGGUGCGCGAGAUGCUGAAACUGGUGCCGCUCAAAAUUAACACUGUGAAACGUCGUCUGGAGUGAAUGUUCAUGAUCAACCAAGAUUUAUAAUAAUUUGACUAAGGCUAUGCGCUCUAAUCCAAAUCCUUAACUCUGCUAUCCAU